CGUCAGGGAGCCCUUUCCGCCACUUUUCAUUUUUCUUUUCCACCUCUCGCGCGCGGCAGAGCAUGCUUAAACCAUCAACUCUCAGUACUAGAACAACAUAAUCUACCUACUCCUGAGACUGUAGGAUGGCCUCGGAGGAAUCGGUACAGCCAUUGCGUCUGUCGAGGAAUAGCGCCGCAUCUCAGCCAGCGGUUGCCAGCUCUAUUCCUCGCGCGUUGACCGAGAUAUCGCCAACCGAGAAGCGACGAAACUCGCCCAGCUGGAACCAGACCACCAAAAAAAUGACGCUCAACACCGAUUCUUCUCCAUUCCAGUCGUCCCCGCUGGAUGGCGCCACCUCACCUCGCUUGUUUUGGAAGAACCGCAACCUGAACUCGAAGAACAACUCGCUCUACGGAGGCCGCGCCGGCUCGCCAUCACCCACACGCCGCUCAUCCAUAGAGCGUCUUCAAAAGGCUUCUCGCGUCAAGAACAGCAACAUCCUCGCUCUAGAGCAGAAGCAGGAAUACGAUCCCACCAGAAUUCCGCAGGUAGAGCGACCCCUCGCUAAGGUCCAAGGCAACGCGUAUGGCGGAACAGGGGCUGCCGGCCUGAGAAGCCCCGAGGCUAAGAUCAUGGGCCAUCAGAGGACUGGGAGCAAGUCUAGCAUUCCGCUAUACAGCCCGACAAAGGCCCCUGCCCCGGCUAGUAGCACAAGCAUCACAACUUCUCCUCCAGUAUUCAACCCACCACAGACUCCAAGCAAAGAGUCGGCAUCACCUAUGAAAUCAUCACUAUCCACGAGCCGCUUUAAGAGCAGUUACGACCAGGAUUCGGCGGCAGAGAGUUCACAAGACGAGCGUCAGUUGGCUAAUGGCCGAUACCUCGCUCGUCAUGCGAAGAGCGUCACCUUCGAUGCCGCACCUCCACAAGUCAACGAGUAUGAGAUGGCCACACCUGACUUGUCUUCCAUUGGUAGCAACUCGCGAGAGGGCAGCUUUGAGUCGGAGGAAGACGACGAGGACUACGGAGAACAUUAUGGCGUACACGAGCCCGGCGCCCAUGACGACAGCUUCGAUGCAUCGCUUGAGGACACAGAUAAAACCCCUGUUGUAGGGCCAGAUGAGUGGAGACAAGACAGUCCGGCCGUGGCGCGCAACAGUCAGCUCGAGGAUCCGUUCGAUGGCAGCCCUAUGCCGGAGACUAUCCCUACUAUGGCGUCUGGCGGACGGCCUCAGACGAGCAGAGGAAACUCGGCCAGCUCCAACAACGGUGACCAUAGGCCGCUUCCUCCUCUGCCCGGUGUUCCUCAGGCGGCAGGUGCUCAGCGCAAUCUUCCAUCGCCUCCACCUGCAUCGGCCUCGAACAAGCCAGAACAGCAGAACAUCGGCAAUGGCAGAAUGCCACUAGAGGAGCGCCUCAGGCUCAUGAUGCUCUCCGAUGGUGGCAAGACUGCUGCCGAGCAGCAGAGAGAACGCCGCAUGCGGCGUGCCGGUGCUCGUGACCGGGUCGGUAGUCCCACACCAGAGCGCGAGGCUCCCAGCGCCAGCAUCAACGCUAGCGCGAAUGCCGACGUUGAUGCCAGCUUUCAGGACGAGGAAGACGAUCAGGUCGGCGACAUCUCAGCCCUGGAGGAAUAUCAGCUGCCCCCCAGGAUCUCACGGGAGUCCAUUCUUCGUCGUGUCAACGGCAACAAGUCUCUCGAGCGCGAUUCUGAUUAUCAAUUCUCUUCUCCAAUCCCAAGCUCAAGCCCUGAGCGUCCUAGUCCCGAACGCCCGCUUUACAGCCCUGAUCGUCCUCUUCCGCUUGAUCCCGAUGUCCCCAUUCCAAGCACUGAGGACUCGUAUAUGGACGACAGCGAGUCCAGUGUGGUGAUUCACCGGGAUGAAGAGGACGACGACCAAACUGAUGACGACUUGUACGACAUGCCUGAUGUCUAUGACCCUACCCAUAGGAACUUUGGUGAUCGUGCCACCACGGAGGAAAUGUCGGACGAAGAAGAAGGGGAGUCCCGGGAUGGCAUUGACUCUGACAGUCACUACUCUGAUCUUCCUGUCGUGAAGACUCAGACUGCGGCGGCCGAAGAAGAUGUCACAACAACUCCUCGAGCUACAUCGCCCGCCGAGGCUCCCGUUGAAGCUCCCGCUCAGGAGACCUUGGAAGAGUCUCCUGAGCCACCCAAAGUCCCAGAAAAGCCCAGAACCAUUGACUUCGGAAGUGAUCUGCAAGAGUAUAUGCUACCGAGGCCGGACAAACUCGACACAACAAAUAUUCCUCAACUCGAGUCGCCAUCGCAACAUCGGCCCUCUACUCCCGAUCGUCCGGUCAUGUCCAAGCCCGAGUAUGAUGGUUCAGGUUGGGGAGAUGAUGAUGACUUCUCUGAGCCUGGUACUCCUGAGUCAGUGAUUCAUCAUCCUAUGCCGGAUGAUGAUUACGACCCAGAGGACGACUUGCCUCGCACUCCUCAGUCUCCCCGGGCAUCCCCCGCCAUUCCUGAGGAGUUUGCGACCAUCAAAGCAUCCGGAUCAAAGCUCAAGACCCGACCGUCAGCCACGCCAUCUGACCUGGUAGCCAUGCGUGAAGCAAGGCGCCAGGUCAGUCGAGAGAUUCCCGAUGUCCCAGUCAUUCCGGAUCGCCACAAGAGCGGCUUGGGUGCAGAGAUGAGCAUGUCUGAGAGCGAGGCUUUCCUCGAGCGUCACCCUAGCUUUAAGGAGCGAAGCCUCACACUAGACCUCGAUCUUGGUCUGAGCCUCGACCAGGACUUUGACCGAGUGAUAGAGUCACAAAAGGUUGCUAACCCUUCUUUUUCCAAACCAAACCUUCCAGCAAGCGCAGUGGCAUCGCAGGUUCCGUCUGUACAAGCGUCAGAGGGUCCACGAGGCGAUGUCACAGAUCCACCAAUUCGGCCACAAGAUACUAACAUUACAUCCCGUAAACAGCGUGGCUACCUUAUGCGUCAGAACACCAAGGUUGUUACAGCCAGUGAUAAAGACCGUGACGAGUAUCGUUUCGCUCGCUCGGCCGGUAACUCACCCGUCAAGCAGGAUCGUCCGCAGUCGUGGACAGUGGAGCCAUGGAACGGUCAAGUUAGGAAGAAGAGCGUCCGGAAACGACCCACACCUGCAUCAGGUCCUGCCCCUCCCCUCCCAGGCCAAGAGAGCAACGUCGCUGGUCUCAGCUCGCUUGCCGAGGAUGAGCUUGCUGUUGAUUUGACACCUGAGGACAAUGGCGAAAGGGGACGGUUGUUUGUCAAAGUCAUGGGUGUCAAGGAUCUUGAUCUACCUUUGCCAAGGAAUGAGAGGACUUGGUUCAGCCUCACGCUGGACAAUGGUGUCCACUGUGUGACAACGGCUUGGUUGGAGUUGGCUCGCAAUGCACCGAUCGGGCAGGAGUUUGAGCUUGUCGUACCAAAUGACCUUGAAUUCCAGCUUACGCUUAACGUAAAACUGGAGAAGCCUGCUCCGCAGAAGAUUAUACAGUCACCCACUAAGCUCAGCCGACCCAAGACAUCAACCUUUAGCAGGGUGUUUGCCUCGCCGAAGAAGCGCAAGGAGAUGGAGAUGCGUAUGCGAGAGGAGGAAGAGCGCUUGGCACGUGAGCAGCAAGAGGCAAAUGCCAGGCUCCGGAGCCGGCAGCAACCAACAGCUUGGGACCUUCUCUCCCCGCUCGCUGCAGAUGAUGGAAGCUUUGCCCGCUCCUACAUCUCUCUCAAGGAGCACGAGUCGAAAUGUUUUGGUCGACCUUACGUCGUUGAUAUUGCCUGCUUCAACGAGUGGGCUGUGGAGGAGGCCGGCUUUGCUUCCAGCGUCAAGAGCAAGCGAGGCAACACGGGUCAGGUGGUCCGUCGCGCACCUUACAAGAUUGGAAAGCUGGAACUUCAGCUCCUUUUCGUGCCAAGGCCGAGAGGAUGCUCUGAUGAAGACAUGCCCAAGAGCAUGAACUCUUGCAUUCGGGAGAUGCGUGCCGCUGAGGAGCGUCUUUCACGAAACUGGGAGGGACCCUUGAGCCAGCAGGGUGGUGAUUGCCCAUACUGGCGCCGACGCUACUUCAAGCUUGUUGGCACAAAGUUGACAGCCUACCAUGAGGCGACUCGUCAGCCUCGUGCUACCAUCAACUUGGCCAACGCCAAGCGCCUGAUUGACGACAGGCGAGCCUUGAUUGAGAAAGAAACAACAGGCAAAGGUGGCAAGCGACGUCGAUCAGCGUUCGCCGAGGACGAAGAGGGCUACAUGUUCGUCGAGGAAGGUUUCCGCAUCCGUUUCAAUAACGGUGAAAUCAUCGACUUCUACGCCGACACCGCCCAAGACAAGGAGGGCUGGAUGAAGGUACUAUCCGAGGUCAUCGGACGGGACAGCAACAUUGGUGCCGAUGAUGACAACGCCAGCCUCAGGACGAAGAGCAGGUGGUGCGAGCUCGUCCUCAAGCGGGAGGAGACCAUCAAGAAGCGAGCCGAGGGUAGGCGAGUUCACUCGCGCACCAAGAGCAUGCACCUGUGAGAAACCUUUCUCCUGGUGUCGAGGGAGCAUCUUUGGCUUGCUGUUAGAGGCAAGUCAGCUGCUCCCGUGAUAUUUUUCUUUUAUGAAUUGUGUUUUCUUGGUUUUCUUUGAAGACAUUGCAUGGAAUAGUGGUUAUUCUUUUUCCUGUUCUUUUGUUAUUAGUCUCUUUUGUCUCUGCCGGAGUAUAUGGCAUCUGGGUAUUUAAUGGUAGCUGCGUUGAGGAGGAGUGAAACGGUGUUUGUUUGUUGUAUGGAUUUUUCUGAUCCGAUUUUCCCGCGCUGGCUUGGUCAAGAAAAAAAAGGCGCAAAAAGAGAACAUGGCGAAUGGUGUACUGCAUGGACAAAGCAGGCGGGAAAGUCGGCGGCUGCUCCGAGACCGGUUCUUCGAUUCAUUUUGACCCCUGGAGGGCCGGCCGUUGUAGCCUGUAUGAAAUUGUACCAAGAUGAUGAUCGCUUGCCUCAUACAGCUCUUGAUUUUUUUUUUUGUUAUAUUUUUUG